AGUCGCAACCCCUCGCCCUGGGGACGUCGCCCGUGUUGCGGACCGCGUGUUGGUGCGGCGGUGGCCAUGUCGCUCAGCAGCAUGGAGUCUGGUGAGGAGGACUCCAUAGAGGAGGAGUUGCUUGAGCCAAGGCCCCCGAAUCUUCUCCAGAGGGGCCUUUGCGCGGUGAGCGGCGCUUUGGCCAUCGGCUUUGUGAUGCUGAUGAUGUCUGGGCACCGGCAGGCAUUCCUCUACAAGAUGCCAGCGAUGAACCAUAUGGCUGGCUUGGAUGAUGCUGAGGACCUCACUCGCACGCGCUAUGGCACGGUGGAUGAAGGGAUCUACACCUUCGGUGCGCCUGGCACCGCCAGCCGUGCGCUUCCGGAUCUGAGCCACGAGGAUGGCUGCUUUGCGGGAUUGCGCGUGUGGGCGGAGGAUGUUCUUCCAGGCAAUACCAAGCAGGAAGACGGAGCAGCCAUCAGCGACCAACUGGAUCAUCCACAUGUUGCAACCCUGCGACUACAUGAUGAGCAGCACGACUCGCACUACAAACCCUGCCCAGGAGAGCAGAAGGAGCCUUUCUCGACUGGCAACAAGUUUGCAGAGUGGCGGCUCCACUGGGAGCCCAUCUAUAAGCCCCGCCUGGGCAACGUCUCCCUACUGGGAAAGAAGGUUGCCAAUCAGGCUCCCUUCAGUGUAGCUUAUGGCUACAAUCGCAUUGCCUACAAGCAAUAUGACAGCACCGAGCAUGCCAAGGCCCACAUCCAGCAAAGGCUGGGGGAGAGCUGGAAGAUCGUGGCCAGAUGGACCCUGGUGCAGGGUUCUGCUUCCAUGUACGAUGAGGAUCCGUUGAUGCUGGUGCAGGACUCUGAGACGCAGCGCUGCGUCCUCGCCUUUGCCGGCAUCAACAACUACGGCAACGAGUUGGCUACGGCCACGGAUGUGCGCACCAGUGACUUUUGCGGCUUCGAGGGCGUCCACGUCGGCUACCGAGACGAGCUUCGAAGGAUUAUGCAGUUUGUGUUCCCGCACGUGCGUCCACUGAUGGGCAAGUGCAGUCACGUGGCCUGCACGGGGCAUUCCAUGGGUGGCUCCCUGUGCGACCUCUUUGCAGCCUGCGCCAACAGCCAACGCUUUGAGGAUCCGGACUUCAAGGCCGUUUCCUGGUUGAAGGAGACUCCAGCUGUACUGCCUGAGAUCUCCGACUGCGGUGGUGUCCACUACUCUGAGGAGGCGGAGCAUCGAUGCCAAUGCCCUCCAUGUCCCAAGUGAGUAGCUUCCUGCAAGGGCGUCAGACGCAGCAUGAGGAGAACGGCUCCUCCAGCCUUCUCACUGUGGCUGGCAAAAGGCCAGUCCAAAAAUCCGUGGAUUGUCCUGGCUGAAGCUGACCCCCUCUAAGCAGCCAGUGCAGUGAAAAGAAAACCCACUUGCAACACCACUUUUGGAUCUCG